CAUCGUUUAACCUUAUAACCUUAUAAGGCUAACGGCCACCGUUUAACCUUAUAACCUUAACGGCCAUCGUUUAACCUUCAAAAACAUAAAUCGGAUAAACCUCUAAUAAAUAUAUGCAAAGGGUGUGAAAAUAUCCCCAUUGCAGCUUCAUGCAAAAUCUGCAAAUUGUGAUUUUUCCAGGUUCACUAUAUGUUUCGAUAAAAGUUGCUUCUAUCAUCUAUUCUUCAGUAACACAUCCUUUGAAAAUAGAUUAUAUAGUUCCCUGUUUGAUAUAAUCUUAGUUAAUAUGAAUGGCUAAUAAUCUUGGAAUUCUAUUGAAUGGAGGGUGUUAUCUCAUCUGGAGUAGUCACUCUCUCCUGAUUAUUUGUUGUUUACGAAUGAAUGUAUAUUUUCAGGGUGCUGCAUCUAUCAAAAAAGAUAUGGAAGCCCAAAUUCCAAACUAUCUAAAUCUUCCAUCAAAGUUAAUUUGUCUCCUGCACAAUGUCACCCUGCAUGCUGAUCCCGAAAUAGAUGAAGUGUAUGCUCAAAUGACACUACAACCAGUUCCUUCGUUUGACAAGGAGACAUUAUUGAGGUUAGAUUUGUCUAUGAAAGCAAAUAAUCCACAACCAGAAUUUUUUUGCAAAACCUUGAUAGCAAGUGAUACAAGCACUCAUGGAGGUUUCUCUGUGCCUCGGCGUGCUGCCGAGGUACUCGAUGUAAAAUAGUCGAGGUGUAUGAAGAAAGAGAUGAAGAAAAUGAUGAAGAC